CGGGCACUUGUUGCAUGAGUGAGCAUUUGGGGAAUUUCAACAUUGCUGUGAUUUCCAACAUAUCUUGAGUAUGAUAAAACAUCGAGGUUAUAAUUGUUGUUUUAUUAAGCAGUGCAUUUUGAUACAGCAGAGAAGUCCAACACUUUUUGAGGGGAGGGAAAUUAGUAUCCAAACCGCACGCCCAGAGCGGUGUUACAAACAGCUGUGCGUAAUUCAUGUCCAAGCAUAAGGAGUGCGUGACCGGGAUAUCGAUUCUAUUAUUGAUUAAAAAAAACACAAGAAACGCAAACCGGACUGUUUUUUCUUAGAACACCAAGGUCGUUUCUGAGGACAAUAGAGAGGAGAGGCCAGUAUCAACUCUGCUUUUCGCUUGAUGCGAUUUCAGUGAAAGGGGCGAAGAGCUUCAGACGCAGAGUGGAGGAGAGAAGCAGACUGAGGACUGGAGGAUCGAUGUUCGGGAAACUAAAGUGAACUUUUCCUUUACGGGUAUCUCCCGAUGUUGUUGUAAUUAAAGACUGGAUUGCGGAGUUAUCCUCAUGGGACUGGGGUCCUCAGUCAGGAUAAAGAGAGAGAGGACCCUCAGACCAUCGGACCUUUGGAGAGCUCACUACAUCUCACCGGUGGAACGGACGGCAGCUCCUUCUGCUCGUUUCCACUCCUGGAGGACUACAAAUGACAGCCUACUAGUUUGAUAGUGAUAAAUACAUCAUAUUCAUUCAUUGGACUAUACCAUAUAAUAAGGAAUAGCUUUUGGAUUCAUGGUUUUGGACGCGCUUCAAGUUCCUUGGCUCCGAUCGUUUCAAAACUUCAGUACAGCCUAACAUGGCCUGUUAAAAUGCAUCCUUUCCUAGGAAUGUAACGCGUGUGAGGAAACCUUUAUGCACUAGAGGACCGGUUCUUUAUUUUUCCUCCAACCUAUUUUCCACAUGUGUCUUUUAAAACGCAUUUCCAAAGAAGAAGAAUAAUUCAUUGUCAAUCAGUCCAAGACAGCGAUGAGCGGACCCCAACACCUCGCCAUGGGCCUCCUGCUGCUCUGCGCUCUGAGCGCACACUUUGGAGACACCAGGGAAUCUGCCACGGUGGCGAGGAACGAACAUAGCCUGAGGCACCACGCUGCGAUGGUAAAACACCUGGACAGGAGCCGGGACACACACAGCCACAGCGAGACGGCCAACCGCUUGUCAGCAGCGAGGAGGGAAGCUCCAACCGGGACAAGGGUUUUACGCACUUUUGGAACCGAAAGGGCGGACACUCCUGUGGAAAUAUCAGCUAGAGAUAUCACAAAGAAAGAAAAGUUUAUACAACACUUAACAGGACCUCUGUACUUCAGUCCAAAGUGUCGGAAGCACGUUUACAGGCUGUACCACAGCACCCGGGACUGUACAACACCUACCUACUUCAAAAGGUGUGCACGACUCCUCCGGCGGUUAGCGGGCAGCCCACAGUGCACUGAUGGGUAGCACCCUCCAGGUACACCAAGAGACUCUCUCCUACAUGAAUGAUUGGAUGGAUAUAUGGAUAGAUAUAGACCAGUCUCUACUGAGGGAGUGAAUGGAUGGUCUUUAAACCAUUCUCAAAUGAAUCCUGAACAGGAUUCUGAAAUUGAUGGGAAGCCAGUGUCAGGAGAUGAGCCAAGGUGUCCCUGGAGACCUCAUGGAGGACUUGUCAGGAGCGGCAGCACGUUGGACCACUGGCAGGCGGUUCAGGGAUGUCUUGCUAAGACAUCCCGCAAGGGAAUCACAGUUAUCAAGACCGGAAAUAAAUGCAUGGAUGAAUGAGUUUCGCAAUGUCUCUCGGCUGGUGCAAAAAAAGCAACGAACCACCAAUUUACAAACGCCUGGAUUACGAAGGUCAUGAUGUUACAGAAGACGAUAAAGAGCAAAGACUUUCGUAAACUGUUCAAGGAAUGAAAAAUGACCCUCAAUGAGAUGUAAUAGUACAAGUACAGAUAAAACGGGCAAAUAAGCAGACAAUAUAAUGGUAGCAGAAAAUAUUCAUAAACAUUACUAAAUAUAGCGAUAAAACAGCAGAAAUUAAGUAACCUUUAGCAUUAAAGGAUAAAUCCGGUGUAAAAUGGAUCUGGGAUAUGUUUAAUAUGAUAACGAUUUGGAAUGUUCGUUUGAGAGCAAAAAAGCGCGUAUAGACGCAUUCUUUGGCUGAUUUUAGCCGAUUCUACCAAAACGCUAUAAACAUGGAACGAUGGGGGCAUUUGUUAUGGUAAAAACUAAAUCGCUAUUUUAAACCACUUAAAAGGCUAGAAGUAGCCCGACACUUCUUUGGUAGUAUAAUAAGGGUCUUAACAUAUAAAACGAGGCAUUGAUAACUUUGUUAUUGUA